GCAGCGGCUGCAUUAACGCGCUUCAGGUUCUUUUCUUCUUCUUCCAGCCUGAGCUCCAAGUGUCGCUCUCUGUUAUUCCGAUUCUUUCUUUCUUUCAUUUUCCUCCGAAAAUAGAAUCAGGUGCGGGAGAUCUUCUGCAGGAGCACCAAUUCUGGGAAGGAGGAUAGAAGUCGGAACCUGAAGAACCUUCUCCACGCAUCUCCAUCUCUAAACAUCUCCAAACAGUACCGGAUCUUAAAAAAAUAAAAAAAUAAUAAUCGGACUCGCCUGCAUCACCAGAACAGUAACACGAUCGGAGACGCGCGCGCUUGUGUGUGCUUGUUUUUAUUAUUGUUAUUAUUUAUUUAUUUUGCAGUUGGACACCACAUUGAGAUCUUUGAGGGAAAUGAGCACCAGGAGAGCGUGUAUGUGAAAGGAUCGUGCAACAUGACAAGAUAAACUUCAGAUCUGUAGGCACCUGAUUUGUGUGUGUGUGCGUGUGCGUGCGUGUGUGUGUGUGUGUGUUUGUGUGUGUUUAUGGAUGUAAAAGAAGAGAUGCGCACAGUGGGUUUUUAUCUGGAAUAAUCCCAGGGCCUUUUUCUUCUCGCUCCAAUCUUCUGACUGAUGCUUGCUGCUCUGUCGGAUGCUGUAGCCGGACCUCAUCCUGAUGCAACCUCGUGGCUUGGACUACACCGCGCGUUGUGAUGCUCCUUCUGCAUGCCCAGUCUGAAACCGAGUCUCGUUCCUGCGCUCAGACCUGUGCGUUUCUACAAUGGCCCGUUUCGAAGACGACCUGCCGGUGCGCUAUGCAGGCGGCUCUCCGUCCGGCGCGGGCCGCGGGCCGAGCCGCCAGCAGGGGCCCCCGGGAGCCCCCAGGAUCUACAAACAGACCAUGGCCCAGCGAGCCCGCACCAUGGCCAUCUACAACCCAAUUCCCGUCAAACAGAACUGCCUCACUGUCAACCGCUCUCUCUUCAUCUUCAGCGAGGAUAACGUGAUUCGGAAGUACGCCAAGAGAGUCACGGAGUGGCCUCCGUUUGAGUACAUGAUCCUUGCCACCAUCAUAGCCAACUGCAUCGUCCUGGCCUUGGAGCAGCAUUUACCUGCAGAUGAUAAAACCCCGAUGUCUGAGCGACUGGAUGACACAGAGCCCUACUUCAUUGGCAUAUUUUGCUUUGAGGCUGGGAUUAAGAUCAUUGCACUUGGCUUUGCUUUUCAUAAAGACUCCUACCUCCGUAACGGCUGGAAUGUAAUGGAUUUCGUCGUUGUGCUGACGGGGAUUCUGACUACAGUUGGGACAGAUUUCGAUUUGCGGACACUCAGGGCAGUGCGGGUUUUACGGCCGCUUAAGCUGGUUUCUGGAAUUCCCAGUCUUCAGGUGGUUUUAAAGUCUAUUAUGAAAGCCAUGGUGCCUCUGCUGCAGAUCGGCCUGCUGCUCUUCUUUGCCAUUCUCAUGUUCGCCAUCAUUGGCCUGGAUUUCUACAUGGGCAAGUUUCACCGUGCCUGCUUCAGAGAUGACACCAAUGAGCAGGUGGCCGAGUUCCCCUGUGGCCUGGAACCUCCAGCACGCCUCUGUAUGAAUGGCACCACCUGUCGGGAGUACUGGCCUGGCCCCAACUUUGGAAUCACUAACUUUGACAACAUCCUUUUUGCUAUACUCACCGUCUUCCAGUGCAUUACUAUGGAGGGCUGGGUGGAAAUCCUUUACAAUGCCAACGAUGCCUCAGGGAACACCUGGAACUGGCUGUACUUCAUCCCCCUCAUCAUCAUCGGCUCCUUUUUCAUGCUCAACCUGGUUCUGGGAGUGCUGUCAGGGGAGUUUGCUAAGGAGCGGGAGCGUGUGGAAAAGAGGCAGGAGUUCCUGAAGCUGCGCAGACAGCAGCAGAUAGAGCGGGAGCUCACUGGCUACCUGGAGUGGAUCUGCAAAGCAGAGGAAGUCAUGCUUGCUGAGGAGGACAAGAAUGCUGAGGAGAAGUCUCCACUGGAUGGUGCCUGGUACAAAAGGAAAUGCAACAACCCAGUUUUAAAAAGGUCCAAGAAGAGCAAAAAUGACCUCAUUAAUGCAGAAGAAGGGGAGGAUCAUUUUACGGAUAUCUCAUCAGUCGCACCCCAGGGCUCCCCGUUUGCUCGGGCCAGCGUGAAGAGCAGCAAGAAUGAGAGCUCCUCGUAUUUGCGCAGGAAAGAAAAGCGAGUGCGCUUCUUCAUCCGGCGCAUGGUGAAGUCUCAAGGCUUUUACUGGACUGUGCUGUGUUUGGUGGGCCUGAACACACUGUGUGUGGCUAUAGUGCACUACGACCAGCCUGAGUGGCUCACUUAUGCUCUCUAUCUGGCAGAGUUUGUAUUCUUGGGCCUGUUCUUGAUUGAGAUGAGUCUGAAGAUGUACGGCCUUGGCCCCCGGAGCUACUUCCACUCUUCCUUCAACUGUUUCGACUUUGGCGUGAUUGUAGGGAGUAUUUUCGAGGUGAUAUGGGCGGCUGUUAAACCGGGGGCGUCUUUUGGCAUCAGCGUGUUACGAGCUCUGCGGCUGCUGAGGAUCUUCAAGGUUACAAAGUAUUGGAACUCUUUGAGGAAUCUGGUGGUGUCUCUGCUCAACUCAAUGAAGUCUAUUAUCAGCCUGUUGUUCCUCCUGUUUCUCUUCAUUGUGGUGUUUGCUCUGCUCGGAAUGCAGCUUUUUGGGGGACAGUUUAAUUUUGAAGACGAGACCCCGACAACGAACUUUGACACUUUCCCAGCAGCAAUCCUGACAGUCUUCCAGAUUUUGACAGGAGAGGACUGGAAUGCAGUGAUGUAUCAUGGGAUCGAAUCUCAAGGAGGAGUGGGCAGUGGCAUGUUCUCCUCUGUUUACUUCAUCGUCCUCACACUUUUUGGAAACUACACACUUCUUAACGUCUUCCUGGCUAUCGCUGUCGACAACCUUGCCAACGCACAGGAACUCACUAAGGAUGAAGAAGAACAGGAGGAGGCCAUCAGUAAAAAGUUGGCCCUCCAGAAAGCUAAAGAGGUGAAGGAAGUCAGCCCUAUGUCAGCUGCUAGCAUCUCUCUCGCAGCGCUCAAUGGAGGGGCGCUGUCGCACGGCUCCUCCAACUCCAGCUCUGAUUCCCCGAAUUAUGUCUGCUCCCCUGCCCAUCACUACUUGAGUCAAGAGCAGCGACGCUCACUGAAGAUGAUGUCAGUUUGGGAGCAACGGACCACACAGAUCCGUAAGCACAUGCGAGCCAGCAGUGAGGCCUUGUACCACGAGGAACUAAACCCUCGCCUGACCUCCACCCAGCACUUACGGCCCGAUGUCACCACCCACCUGGAUCGGCCACUGGUGGUGGAGCCACGAUGUGACUGGGACAAACCCAAAGACUUGAGAGUUGAAGCAGGCACCCCUGAGGACCCCAACCUACAGGUACAUGCUGACCCUCUUGCUAUGGAGCCUCCUCAGUCCCAGCCCCCGCGUAAACACCACCAUCGAAAACGUGAGCGAGCAGCCAAUGAAGCCCAAGAAAAUGGUGAAACUGGAGCCUCGUGCCACCAUGUGCACCACAGCCGCAGCAAGGAGACUGAGGGCACGCAGACCAAAGAUGGCAAGAGUGAGCGCAGCCACAGCCGUGAUGCUAGAGGGGAACACAGACACCACCGUUCACAUAGGGCAGGACGUGAGGGCAAUGGUGGUGUCAGUGCCAAGAACGAGAGGCGCCCCCAUCACAGAGAAGGCUCACGUUCAGGCAGGGGGGAUGGAGAGAGGAGCUCACGAGGUGAGGAAGGGGGCAACGGGGGCAGGAGGAGACACAGACAAAGAGCUGGCAAGGUGCAGUCUACAUUAGAGGUUGGGGAGCAGAGAGAGAAUGAAGAGCAAGAAGAGGGCAACCCUCUAGAACACAGACAAGCUGAAAUGGGUGGAGAUAUGCUGCCUGUGACUUCUCAUCAGCUUGCGCUGGGAAAUCAGUGGUGUUUUGAGAAACCAGAAGACUCGGAUAACCAGCGAAAUGUCAGCCGCACAGGAGGGCUGGGGGUCCGCAUCCCUGUCACCAUCACGUCUCCACCUGGAGAAACGACUCUCAUAGCCAUGAACAGUAUAGACAGUGAGACAGUGCCCAUGACUGAGAAGAACCUGGAGGAGGUGAACCAGAGCGGUCCACGUCCUAUCCUUCCAUAUAGCUCCAUGUUUAUCUUCAGCCCGACUAACCCGGUGAGGCGGUUGUGCCACUACAUUGUCAGCCUUCGAUACUUUGAAAUGUGCAUCCUGAUGGUUAUAGCCAUGAGCAGCAUUGCACUGGCUGCAGAAGACCCGGUUAAUGCCAACGCUCUGCGUAACUACGUGCUGAAGUAUUUGGACUACGUCUUCACCGGAGUGUUCACAUUUGAGAUGGUAAUUAAGAUGGUAGAUUUGGGCUUGCUGCUGCAUCCAGGCUCCUACUUUAGAGACUUGUGGAAUAUCCUGGAUUUCAUUGUUGUCAGCGGAGCCCUGGUGGCAUUCGCAUUCACGAGCUUCAUGGGAUCGCAUCAAAGUCCAAACAGAGGGACCAAAGGCAAAGACAUCAGCACCAUCAAGUCUCUCAGGGUGUUACGAGUUCUGCGGCCUUUGAAGACUAUCAAACGCUUACCAAAACUUAAGGCUGUGUUUGACUGUGUGGUGAACUCCCUGAAGAACGUGCUGAAUAUCCUCAUUGUCUACAUCCUCUUCAUGUUCAUCUUCGCUGUCAUUGCCGUGCAGCUUUUCAAGGGCAAGUUCUUCUACUGCACGGACGAAUCCAAAGGCCUGGAGAGUGACUGCAGGGGGCAGUUUCUGGAGUAUGACAAGCAGGAGGUCUCGGCCCAACCCAGAGAAUGGAGAAAAUACGACUUUCACUAUGAUAAUGUGCUGUGGGCUUUUCUUACACUCUUUACUGUGUCUACAGGAGAGGGUUGGCCUACGGUUCUGAAGCACUCUGUGGAUGCCACAUUUGAGGACCAGGGCCCCAGUCCUGGGUACCGCAUCGAGAUGUCCAUCUUCUAUGUGGUGUAUUUUGUUGUCUUCCCCUUCUUUUUCGUCAACAUCUUCGUGGCCUUGAUAAUUAUCACAUUCCAGGAGCAGGGCGAUAAAGCUUUGUCUGAGUGCAGUCUGGAGAAAAAUGAGCGAGCCUGUAUCGACUUUGCCAUCAAUGCCAAACCACUGACACGCUACAUGCCUCAGAACCAGCAAUCUUUCCAGUACCGAAUGUGGAAGUUUGUCGUUUCUCCACCUUUCGAGUAUUCCAUCAUGAUCAUGAUCGCCCUCAACACUGUGGUCCUUAUGAUGAAGUACUACGAUGCUCCAAACUCCUAUGAAGCAAUGCUGAAGUAUCUCAACAUUGUCUUUACUGCACUUUUUUCACUGGAGUGUGUUCUGAAGAUCAUUGCUUUUGGCCCUUUGAACUACCUGAAGGACGCGUGGAAUGUGUUUGACUUUGUGACUGUGCUGGGGAGUAUUACAGAUAUCCUGGUCACUGAGAUUAAUACUACGGACCGUCUGUUAAACCUGAGCUUCCUGAGGCUGUUUCGAGCGGCCCGUCUCAUUAAACUCCUCCGGCAGGGUUACACCAUCCGCAUUCUGCUUUGGACGUUUGUACAGUCCUUCAAGGCUCUGCCUUAUGUCUGCCUUCUAAUCGCUAUGCUGUUCUUCAUUUAUGCCAUUAUUGGAAUGCAGGUCUUCGGGAACAUUGACCUGAACGAGGACACGGCCAUUAACCACCACAACAACUUCCGUACUUUCCUGCAAGCUCUCAUGCUGCUCUUCAGGAGUGCUACAGGAGAGGCCUGGCACGAGAUCAUGUUGUCGUGUCUAAGUCACCGUGCAUGUGAUGUGAACUCUGGAACACCCGGAAAUGAGUGCGGCAGCGACUUUGCUUACUUUUACUUUGUCUCCUUCAUCUUCCUCUGCUCUUUCCUGAUGCUGAAUCUGUUUGUUGCUGUGAUCAUGGAUAAUUUUGAGUACCUGACCCGGGACUCCUCCAUCCUGGGUCCCCACCACCUGGACGAGUUCAUCCGUGUGUGGGCUGAGUACGACCCGGCUGCAUGUGGCCGUAUCAAGUACCGCGAUAUGUAUGAGAUGCUGCUCCACAUGUGCCCACCUUUAGGUUUGGGAAAGAAAUGUCCACCACGAAUCGCCUACAAGCGACUGGUGAAGAUGAACAUGCCCAUCGCCGAUGACAACACGGUCCACUUCACCUCCACGCUCAUGGCUCUAAUCCGCACUGCGCUGGAGAUCAAACUGGCCUCAGGAAUCGUGGCUCAGCGUCUGUGUGAUGCAGAGCUGAAGAAGGAGCUGGCGACCGUCUGGCCAAACCUGUCUCAGAAGACCAUGGAUCUUCUGGUGACUCCCCACAAACCUAAUGAGCUGACAGUUGGCAAAGUGUAUGCUGCACUCAUGAUCUUUGACUACUACAAACAGAACAGAGCUAAGAAAGUGCAAAUGCUGCAACAGCAGUCCAAAGAUCAGCCAGGACCACAGAACAAUGUGGGUGCUCUCCUGGAGCCCAUUCUAAACCCUAUGCAGCAGAAGAGCAGGAGCAUGAUGGACUGUCCAUCAAAUAUCCAGCCUUCCAUCAGACCCAGCUCUGCCACAUUGAACAACGGACACACACCCCAUGACAACACCAUUAAAGGCUCCUCAUCUUGGGCUUCAGAGAAAACCAAAGAGGUCCAGAGGUCAAAGAAACGACCAAUCCUGAGAGGCCAGUCUGAAGACAUCUCAAAUGCAAACAAUGCCCGGGUGUCAGUAGAAAUGAGGAAAAUGGAAAACAGUGCCAACACAGUAGCUCUUGCUGGUUUAGAGGGUCAAGGAAGAGCAGUAUCCAUGCCCAAACUCAACGCAGAGAUGCAGAGAAGUCAUUCACGUCACUCUCCAGGAACAUUACUUGCUCCGAUUCCUGACUCCCCUAUGAGACGCUCGGCAUCUACGUUUGCCCCACAGCAUCCUCCGGAGGUCAUGGCCAACGAUUACACGCUGGAAAGGGCUGCACAAGAGCGAGCACAUCACCAUCACCAUCAUCACCGCUGCCAUCAUCGGAGAGACAGAGAGAAGAAGCAGAGGUCACUGGAUCGGUCACCGGGUGGACAGAACACAAACUCGGGCGGCACGGCAGCUGACCCUGCAGGGAACUCCACGCUCCAGGAGAGAGGGCACGACCGAGGCCGUUCCCACGAAAGGAAACAACAUUCAUCGACGGCGGAGAAGCAGCGCUACUACUCGUGCGAUCGCUACGGCAGCCGAGAGCACUUUCCCGCCAAACCUGCACCAGCCAGCUGUGCCACCUCGCCCGGAGAGGCUCAGGAGACCACCUUCACCAAGCAGGGCAGUGGUUGGGCUAAAGGGAGCCUGGUGUUGUUGAGUUCGGGCUUGAGCACGCCCAGCCGCGGGCGCAGGCAGCUGCCCCAGACGCCCUUGACCCCUCGCCCAGCGGUGGCCUUCAGGACUGCCAACUCCUCUCCUGUGUCCGCUGCAGGUGCCCAGACCACCCUCCCUCCCCCGAGUCCUGUAAUGCGCAUCAGCUCCGAGCCUUUCCUCCGGCCCCAGACGACGCUGCUAAGCCCACAGCAGAUCGUGUCCCUCCCACCGCUGUCCCAGCAUUCCCUGCUCGGAAUGCCCAACGGGUACCACUACAUCAUGAGCGUAACUACGGGGCCUGGUGGCAGCAGCAACAACGUCCAGCACUACUACCCUGAAGCAGAGGAGGAGGAAUGGUGCUAGUCUGGCUUUAACACACACACAAACACACACACACACACACACACACACACACACAUGCACAGAUCUGCUGAUGAUUCUUAGUGUGUUUUCCUUUUACUUGUACAAUUUUGAUGAGUUUUAUCAUCUCUUGUUUCACACAACAUGUGAACAUUCUUUCAUUUUUGCAGAGAGGGAAAAUGUGCGCACACAAAAACGAAAAGAGAGCCCUAGACUAGACUGCUUUUUAAUGUAUUUUAUUAAUAUCUAUCUGGGCUCAUAUUCAGCCUUAACGAUAAAGACAUGAUAGAUCUGGAUCGUAUGUAUAGACGUUUCUGCUCUUAAUUUCUGCCUUUGUGAGAGAGGUCACACUUGGAAUGAUACACAACCACAACAACAACAACAACAACAACAACACACACACACAAAAAAAAACGUCUCUGGAAACAGUGACCUACAGUAUAAAGCUUAACUGCUUAGAAUGCAAUGUUUCUCAAUCUCUUGUGGCCAGCUGUCUAGUCAAACACACCUGCAGUCAGAUAAAAAUAUAUAUAUACAUGUAUAACUUGUGAUGGGAAAAUGCAAAGAGGAAAGUCUCUCACUGAAGCAUUUUGUGUUUUUUCCAUCUCUGGAAAGCUGAACCAUUCCUGUGGGCUAUGUACGCACAUACAUAUACACCUAUAUAUGUUUUCCACAUGCACACAGAUUUAUUUAUCAUUUUCCAUAAAGGUUUAAAUUGUUAUUUUGCUGCUGAAGACCAUUUCCAGAACACAUCACCCUGUGUGAUGUUGAGGAACUGGUAAAAAAAAAUUAAUAAAAAAAAUUAGUUUUUAUUUGUAUAAACUUGAUAUUUUAUCUAUUCAUUAGGUGCGUUUUUUGUAUUAUAUUGUAAAGAUAUGAAGGUGUUUUAUGUGAAUUGCUUACAGUUUCAUCGUCCUGUCAGAUCUACCAUUUCUUACAGACUGCUCCAGACAUUCUUACAAAGUGCCUAACCUUUUAAUCUUUUGAAUAUAUUGUAGUAAUGAAGCAACCUCAGACUUUUUUUUAGUGUGUCAGGAUGCGACGGAAAGGAGGACCGAAGAAAUCUCGGGGGUUUUGUGGAACUACAAGGUGUUAUGACUGCAGGCCUUAAUCAGGAAGCAAAAGAAACUGUACGUUUUUUUUUAUUCUUUUAUUUAAUUGGGUUUACUUUUUUUAAUGGAAAUGACAGUACGAUUGUUCCUUAUUUGUUUUCUUGGAGCAUCUUAAAUUUUUUCCUUCCUACCUUUGUAAUACUUUAAAAUGGGGAGGGCGGUACUUGUCAAAAAAUCAAAUGCAGCAUUGCUUAGGAUGAAAUAUAAAAAUGAAAAUAGUUAUAUAUUACUACUUUACAUGACAUAAUCUCAUCUGCAUGUUUUUUUUUCUUCCAAAAUUACCAGGUUGAUGAUGGUGAUAUGUGUGUGUCCUUUUGUUUUUUUUGUUUUUUUUUUGUAGAGUUGAGAAGGUCAUUAAUGUUAGCUACUAGCUUCACUUAGCAACUUUAUAUAAUGGUGUAUCAAAAUAGGAAAUACAGAAACAUCAUCCAUUUUUGUGGUGUACAGCUUGAGAAUCAGACACCCAGGUAGAUGUUGAGAAGAUUUAAAAAACAUUCUUGUACUACUCCACACACAUAAUAUGUCUUUAGGGGUGGACAAAUAUUUGGGUAAGCAAGUAAAAGUUCCAGUGUGCUGCCCACUCUUAUGUUUUGAUUGCUCAGAAACUUUCUAAACUAAAUAGUUGUAGCUAACCUAAUCGAAUUGCUUAUGAUGAGCUAGUUCAAAAGUUCAUUAAGUGCGUUUAAGAUUAAGAAAAAUGAAGUGUUUUUUUUUUUUUUUUUUGUCUAAUAAUGGUAGCAAUGUAUGUAAUAUGCAGGAGAGUCCAGAAUUCCUUAUUUCCACAGAACAGUGUGUUCCUGAUUCAGAAAAGAAUAGUUUGCCAAUUAUUAAUGCUUAGUUUAUCCAAGUAUGAAAAAGCAUUUUCUAUCAUCCAGAAAUCGACUGAGCUGAUGUGUGUCGUGCAAUAGGCAGUGAGAUUUAAAAUGAAUGAAUGCUUGCACAAUAAUUCCAGCACCAAUACGUCACGACAAUGUUUAUACGUUCAAAGUGGAUAUUGAGUAGGGUUUGUUUUUGAUUCCUGUUUGUUGAAUCCACUAGGGGAAAAAAACCCAGAGCAUUAAUUCUGCUUUUCCCAGAAUCCUUAGAGAUUUGUCCACCCCUUGACCUUCCACUCUGUUCUUUACUGGCUCGAACUGACCUGUUGCCAGAUGUUCAGCUGUAUGGCUAAGAACAAGACAGAGACAUUUUGCAGAAGCUAACACCUAGUAAUGAAAUAAUGGUGUGUUUCGGUGGCUGGGAUUUAAAAGGUCUAGCUCAACAUGGCUUUUGGAGAGCAAACCUAGCGUCAAGAUUUCUUGAGGGGAAAAAAACAACAAAAGAACAGACAAUUUCCCACGAGUGUUUGAGCACCACUUUCUUUUGUAGCACUGCACACACAACUUGGUGUCCAUUUAGCUGCUUAGCAUGCAGUAGGUGACAGGGGCUGGGCGACUUAAUGCCUCAGCCAUUGAAAAGGCAGGAUUUUAAUUGUAUGUGAGUACUUUUGGAAGUAGGGCUAUGCAACAAGAAGACACUUUUAAAAAAGGGAAAAAAAAAAAAAAAAAGUCAUUCAUUCUGUAGCUUUAUCUGCUGGGAUGUCCAGAUUUAGCCUUCCGCAUGAUCGUGACCAAAUCUUUUCUAUAAAAAAAAUGACUAAAAUGUAUGAAAAAUAUAUAUAUUUUAGAAUGCAUAAAGGCACAAUGAUUUAAUGAAGCAGAUGUCACUAACAUGUCUUUCAAAAAAUAAUAAUCUGCUAUGUAUCUGCAUGCAUCAGAGUUACCCACUCAGAGUUACACUUGUAAAAGCAGAGCGGGUGUUUUGAAUAGUGCGUAUUUUUAUAUGGCCACUCUUUAAAGGAACGGCUGCGCUGAAACUGUUCAGAUGUUGAAGUUGUCACCGUUUUCAUGCCGAAGUGUGUAAAACCUCUUUGCACUCCCGAGAACGUUUGUUGUCCUUCAGCACUCUGCCACUGUGGCUGUAAACUGUAGUCCAUAUAUAAUCCACUUCAUCCACACCUGCAGGUUCAUCACUGUUAAAGACAAACUUUGGAACCCUUUCAAAAUCUUUCACUGUUUGUUACCAAACCUGAAAGAGCACCCUGUCGUUUCUGCACAUCUAGUUUAACGUGGCUGUUCUCUCUGGGGAAUAAAGUAAUGUUUGCAUGGUCUGACGAUGUAUGUGCAUGUUGAACUACGCAUUGCUAAUCUUCAUACUGUUUUGAUACGAUGUGUUCUUUUCUCGGUUCUGUUUUUAAAAUGACAUUUGAUAUAAACUGAUGGGUUUGUUGAGGCAAAAAGAAAUACAUUUAAAAAAAAGAAGUUUCUAUAUAAACUCAGUAUUGGAAAUUGUGCACAGCUCCUCCAGUGAGACAGAGAUGAAACAAACGCCCUUUAUUUGGAUUGUACGUCUCACUUGUUUGUUGCCUGAUUUCUGUUCAAAUGGCCAGACUUUGAAUUCUGCAGUUGUUUCUACCUUACUAUUUUGUAUGAAGCAAAGUCCUUGAAUUAAAAAACAAUGAAACCAAA